AUGAACGCCAUCGCCCAAAAGUGCCGGCCGAAGCACCAGGUCCUCGUCCUCAAGUGCUACCCUCGCACAACCAAGGGCGCCGUCGACGUCAAGCCCAACUCGAGCGAGCUCAGCUACCUGCUCUACUAUGCGACCUCGCGCCGGUCCAAGAUCCAGAAGGUCGGCUCCUUUCUCGAGAAGAAAACAGCCAGCGAUGUCUGGCGCCUGCGAAUCGGGUAUGCCCUCCCUCCCCCCCUCGCAUGCUGCCGAACCCGGCCCUUCCGGACUGUCACUGCCAAGCUCGAGACCGAACACCGCGUUAUCCUCGAGGCCUUGAUCGAGAAGAACCCCAAGGACCUCCCUCUGUUUGCGCAGUCGGUGCUCAAAAUCCUCGACAACAUCCUCCGCUCCAAUGAUAUCACCAUGGUCGAGUCGUCCAUCCCGACCUUCGAGGCCUUCUGCGCGCACCACGACACCUCCUCGCUCCUCGUCGACCGGGCUUACCUUAAGCAGUACGAGUCCAUAGUGCGACAGUAUGCUUCGCUCGCUUCGACACGCGCCGUCCCCGGCAAGGCGCACCCCAGCAAACCAGUCGCCAUGCGGUGGAGAAACACCGGCCUCGAAGCCAUCAAGUGCGUCGCGUCGUCCGACGUCCUGUCCUCGGUCUCGGCCCGGCAGUACGAGAUCAUCGUCCCCAUGAUCCUCGAGAACCUCUGGACCGACAACGAAGACUUCCUCGAGGUCCUCCUGCAGCGUGUCCAGAUGGAGGAGAAGGUCGACUCGGACAAGCUGCUGCGGCGCCGCACCAGUGUCGCAACUGUACGCACUGCCGAGGGCGCGACUGGCGACACAAACCCCAUCGCCCUUUCCGGCACGGCCAUGGAUGUGGACAAGCUGGCCGAGGAGGACAUCGGUGUGCUGGCGAUGCAAUGUCUCAAGCAGCUCUUUGUUGCGCCGAACCGAGCCCAGGUCCGCUUCUCCACGGUCUACCUCCUCCGAUUCAUCGAAGAACGCGUAAUACAGGAGGAGACGCUGGUCAAGACCGACAACAACACGGGCCGGGAUGGAGGCUGGGCUGUCAAGAUGUUUGGCCUCAUCGCACAGUGGGCCCCGGUGCAAGAUCGCUUCAUGAUCCUGGUUACUACCCUGGAUACCAUGCUGCGCAUGCCCUUGACGGACGAAACCCUGCCUCAGCACAUAGUCCUGACCGCCAUGAUCGGUUCUCUAUUGCGAUCCGACGUCAACCUAAUCGGCCUGAGUGUCAUGGACGUGUUGAUUGGGUUGAUACAGCACAUGAGGAGGCUGGUCCAGAUGCCGGGCGCUCCUAUUGUUUCGCGAGGCAACGGCACCGCUUUUGGCCCGCAAGAACCCAAGUCGCCCACAACCGAGGCUGCUGAGACGGUGGCCGCCCAGCGAAAAGAGUUGUUGGGCAGGAUCCAGCAGGCUAUCGGUGAUCUCGCUACACAUGUUUAUUAUGCCGACCAGAUCUCGGAUAUGAUUUCCGCCAUCCUCCUCCGUCUCAGGCCGGGCCGAUCCAAUAACACUGGCAACUCAUCUCCCCACGGAGAAAAGGCCGAGGAUCCGAACGCUUCAACCACGAACUCGAUCGGAGGUCACCACGGAGAGUCAUUGUUCUCCCUCACCGUGGCCAAGACGGCGGCCCUCAAGGCGAUCAAGGCCAUCCUGCUCGUCGCGAACCCAAAGACUAAGAUUACUGGGAACAUGAGCCUGUCUAGGAACCGGGUUCCAAUCCAGGUAUGGGAGGGGACGCAGUGGCUGCUGAGGGACCAUGAUGGUUCGGUUCGCAAAGCGUACACAGACGCGAUCGUGACCUGGCUCGAUAGGGAAACGACCGGGAAGGAUCUGCAGGCGCGCGACGAGACCGCUAUGAACUCCCGAUCCGCUUACAAGAACGGGCGCGAGGUACCCUCCACCAGCAUGGCCCGGAGAGUAGUCUCGAGUGCUUCGAACCGCGAGAAGGUGUCCAUCCCGCGCUCGCACUUCCUGGCGCUGCUUCACCUGGCCGUCUACGACAAUGCUAUCCAGUACGUCGACUACGAGACGGACGUUGUGCUCUUGCACGUCCUCUUGGCCAAGCUCGUCAGUCGCCUUGGUGUCAAUGCCGUACGAUACGGCCUUCCCAUGAUCUUCCAGCUCCAGGAGGCGAUACAAGAGGUGGAAACGCCGUUGGCCAAGGUGCGGGUCGGCAGUCUCGUACACGGCUACUUCUGGGCCGUCAUUGACAAGUUUGACAUUGAUGGCUCGGUCGUCGGACGGGCCAUCAACAACGAGGUCGUUCGCCGGCGGAGCAAGCACUUCUGGGUCGAGGGCAUUCAUGUGCCGCCCCCACUCAUCGAGCUCGUCGGCACCCCCGGCAUGCUCAGGCCGCAGCCCAAGAUGCCGCUCAACGAGAUAGAGUCCGAAGCGCUCUUGCCCUUCGACGACCGCAUCUCGCUCGUCGAGGCCGUGUGCCACAGCUACCAAGACCAGCCCCGCUCGCCACCUCACAGCCCCGCGACCUCUCCCGGCCGGACCUUCACACACCCCAUCCUCAGCUCGACGCUGAGCGCGAUCCCGGCUCUCGAUGCUGCCGACCACGAGCUCCCGAACUCGUUCCGCGAGCAGAUGCUCAUGGAGUGGUCGCGCGACGCCGUCAUGGUGGCCACGCAGGCCGGCAGCAAGUCGGCCUCGCUCAACGGGUCCAAGACGGGCACGACGGGCACCAACAUGAACCGCCUCACCAUCAACAGCAACAUGCUCAACGGCGGCCACGCCGGCUCGCCCUUCGGCAGCCAGCACAACCUGCGGCCCGCCUCGCAGCCCGUCGGCGGCAACCUCGCCCCUGGCGGCGGCGGCGGCGGCGCCUCCAAGCUCCGCAAGUCGAGCGUGCGGAGCGGCAUCUCGCCCGCGCCCUCGUCGAGCUACGCCGGCGGCAACGGCGGCGGCGGCUUCGUCACGUCGGUCGACCAGCUCAAGAUGGCGCUGUCGGGCCACCUGCAGCCGCCGCCGAGCAUGGGGGGCCGAGGAGGGGGCACCGCGCGGCCCGGGGCCGGCGGCGGCGACGACGACGCCAGCAGCAGCGAUAGCAUGGUCAGCUACGACGCCGCGCCCUCGGAGCUGUCCUUCAACCCGCCCGCCCAGCAACAGCAACAGCAACAGCAGGGCCACCCCGUCACCCCCGCCACCCCCGUGCGCACGCGCUCCGUCUCCCGCGAGCGUAGGGCCUCGUCGCCCGGGGGCCCGCUCGACUCGCACCCGACGCACGACAGCGCCGACGAGUCCCCCGGCCCCGCCAAUGGCGACCAGAAGCCCGCCGCCGCCGCCGCCGAGGGCGCCGUCGCCAUCCCGCCCGUGCCGCCCCUGCCCUCCGACUACGCGCGCGAGCAGCAGCAGACCCCGCCCGUCGCCGCGCAGGACCACGCCUACGCCUCGUCGCCGCCGCAGCACCAGCAGCCGCCCCGGACGUCGGCCGGCAAGCGCAGCCUGCGCAGCCGCGGGGGCGAGAGCAUCGUGGCCGGCAGCUUUGGCGACGAGGGCCCGGCCAUGGACCUCGCCUCCCUGCUGAGGGGGAUCGACAGCCGCGGCGGCGGCGGCGGUGGCAUGGGGGAGUCGCAGCAGCAGGCGUAUCUGGGCGGCGGGGCCAAGAGGCCUCCUUAUUGA